AUGGAACGAGUGAAGCGAAUCGACGAAGAUUAUAUCAAAACAACGUUCCACCUGAGUCAGCCGUUUUGCGAUGCCGGAAUUCUACGUGUCUAUGAUGUAGGCUGCCUCGACAACAAUCGCGUUGUUCUUACACUUGGAUCGUGCUCGUAUAUACACGCAAAUUAUGUUUCAACCCCGGAUAAUCCAAAGAAGUUCAUCUGCACUCAGUUUGCGUUCCCAUUUGAAACAAAAAUUAAACUAGAAGUAACUCAUCUGGAAGUAUCAGUACCUGGAUGUUCUCCUCACUCCUGCGUUCACUACCACUGGGUUGACUGGCCUGAUCGGGGCGUACCGCCCGCCGAUGCUGCUCCACUUUUCCUUCUGCAUAGCUUUGCCAACAUCAAAACACCAAUAAUAAUACACUGCUCGGCUGGCAUUGGAAGAACAGGAUCGAUGGUGCUGUUGGAGACCGCUAUGGAAGUGUUAGCGAGGGGUGAGGUGUUGGGCGAGAUGAAUGGUUAUCUUCAAGAGCUUCGAAAGCAGAGAAAUAACAGUAUUCAGACUGACCAGCAGUAUUUGUACGUGCAUCAAGUUCUGCUCACAUUCCUUCGUAGAGCCGGAUUUAUACCUGAAACACUUGGACCAGCUUUGGACGCUUUCACCGCUGCCUACAAUGCGGCUACCAGUGGAUUCUGA